AUGGCCGACGCAGCGCCGCUCGUUGUAGGCGUCGUCUUCCCCGUCAAGAAGCUCGAGCGCCUCCAGUCGCUGCUGGACCAAGAGACCGACGGCGUGCGCUUCGUGCUGAUCGACUUGGAGGCCGCAGCGCCCACUGGAUCGGCCGUCAGCGCCUGCGACAUUGAAGCGGCGGCGCAGCGCCUCGCGGCCCGUUACAACCCGUUGCACGCGGUGCUGCACAAGUUGGCGCACGAUAUGGUGUUCGCCCGUCUGGGCGACGAGGACGCAGCGACUCGCGUCCAGUUGAUGCAGGAGAUGGCGCGCCAGAACCCGUCGGUGCGCCUGGUGGACCCGCUCGACAGCGUGCGGCUGCUCACGAGUCGCUCGGCGGCCUGUGAGCGGCUGCAGACAAUGGAGCAGGUCAAAGAGCCGACACAGAGCUUCAAAGUGCCGCACUUUCGUGUCGUACAGAACUUGGAGCACUUUCAGGAGCUGGUGGCGGAGCUGGACGCUGGACGUACGAAGCUGCCGCUCAUUUGCAAGUCGGUGGAAGCCUGUGCAACGGAGCGCUCGCACAUGAUGAGCGUCGUCACGAAGCGCGAGGACUUGGUCUACGUCGAGUACCCCGUGUUGUACCAGGAGUUUGUCAACCACUCGGGUCGUCUCUACAAAGGUUACGUGCUUGGCGAUACCAUCAACGUGGCAGAGCGACGCUCGUUGCCGAACCUUGUAGCGGGCAAUGCCCAGCAAGUGCACUUUAACACCCAAGAAGCCUACCCCACGAGUGAGGACUUCCACUCCCGUUCCGACGACGACGCUGAGCAAGAAACAGCGGUCGGUGGUAAAUGGACGCAGGAAACGAUAUUUGCAGCCGUGCGCACGAUCGGCGAGCGCCUUCGUGACGAGCUAAAACUGACCCUGUUCGGGUUCGAUGUCAUUGUGGCCGAUGACGGCCCGCGAGACCUUUACGUGAUUGACGUCAACUACUUUCCGUCCUACAAAGAGGUUGACGACUUGAGCAUCGUACUCAGGAAGCACCUGAAGCAAGUAUGCGGUCGUCAGUAG